GAAAAUUGGUUUUCAUUCUUUGCAAUUGUAGUGUGCUUUAUUUUUUAUGUGUCUGCCUGCUUUGAUAAGUGUCUAACGAUUGCAUAUUAUGAAUUUUGUUUCAAACCAGUGUCUGCCUUUCUGGUUAGUGAUGGGAACAACAGGUCACAAGUUGGAUGAUGAAUAUUCCGUCAUUGGAGACAAAAGAGAAAUUGAUUUCAUUGAUUAUGAGUAUGAUAAAUCUGUUUGUGAUUACAAUCAACUUGAGGAGGGCCGUGUCAUAAUUUCUUCACCAUUUCCAUUUUUAGAUGGGAAGCCUCAAUCUGUAGUUAUGGGAGAAACUGCCUUUGAUUUGAUCACUAUCAAAAACACCACUAGUGAACCAAUUGAUUUGUGGACAAAAAUUUAUGCAUCAACACCUGAGAAUUCUUUCACUCUUUCUUUGAUGAAACCUCCAUCAGCAAAUUCUGAUGGAAAUACAAGCCAAGGUUUCAUUGAAUUUUUUGAUUUAGAGGACAGAAUGAUACAGCCUGGAGAGACUUUAAGUAUUUGGCUGUCUUGCAAAGCAAAGGAAAUUGGCUUGCACACUACAAUACUGCAUUUUGAUGUGGAGGCUGAUAGAUUAGAAAGAGUGGCCUUUCUCUUGGUCGAAGAUAAGAUCGCACAAUCGUUGGCAUCUAAAAAGCCAUAUUCUAGAGUUCAGAGAAGGAAGCAAUUUUCUGUGGAUGCAUUUGUCACUGGAUCACGCCCAGCAAGGGCAACGGAUCGAAGUGUUAAAAACAGGCUUCCUUUGUAUGCCAUUCCAAAGGAUAUUAGAGAACUGUUUGAGAGUAAGCAGACUCCUGAUGCUAUUAAAGCAGGUCUAUCAAGAGAUAAUUAUGCAUCUUACUUCAAACAUCUCUUAAUCUUGGAAGAGUUACAACUAGAGGAAGACAUGAGGGCCUAUAACAUGGAGGAUGUUAACAUGAGGAAGAAGGGAAAGUUUUUAUCACUUCAGGUCCCAGGACUUGCUGAAAGAAGGCCUUCACUUGUCCAUGGAGACCAUAUUUUUGCUAAGCUUGCAUGUGAAGAUGCAAGUGAAACAGCUCGAGUUUAUCAGGGUUUUGUUCAUCGGGUAGAAGCUGAUGAAGUGUAUUUGAAGUUUGCAACAGAAUUUCAUAUGUUCCACAUAGAUGAGAAUCUUUAUAACGUUCAGUUUACGUAUAACCGAAUCAAUAUGCGUAGGCAAUACCAGGCCAUUGAUGCUGCAGAACGCUUAGAGUUAAAUCUCCUUUUUCCAUCUGAGUCCCCGAAAAAGAGGCUGAUUAAAACCACUCCACUAGUGCCCAUAUCUUGUACACUUAAUGAGGAACAGAUGUGCUCAAUUGAGAUGAUCCUUGGCUGCAAAGGAGGACCCCCUUAUGUGAUUUAUGGGCCUCCAGGUACAGGGAAGACCAUGACAUUAGUGGAGGCAAUCCUUCAGCUCUACAAAACUCAAAAGUGUUCUCGAAUUCUUGUGUGUGCACCUUCAAAUAGUGCAGCAGAUUUUAUACUAGAUAGACUCCUCAAUGAGGAGUCUGUUGAGCUUAAAGAGAAUGAAAUAUUUAGACUAAAUGCAGCUGCGCGUCCAUACAAUGAUGUCAACCCUGAUAUUCUUAGGUUUUGCUUCUUUGAUGAGUUUGUCUUCAAAUGUCCUCCACUUUGUGCUCUCACCUGCUACAGAAUCAUCAUAUCAACUUACAUGAGUGCUUCCCUUCUGUAUGUAGAAAAUGUUAGUAAUGGUCAUUUCUCUCAUAUUUUCUUGGAUGAAGCUGGUCAAGCUUCAGAGCCAGAAAGCAUGAUCCCUAUAGCCAACCUUUGCCAAAGAGAGACUGUUGCUGUGCUUGCUGGAGACCCAAUGCAAUUAGGUCCAGUUAUAUACUCAAGAGAAACGGAGACUUUCGGACUGGGAAAAUCAUACUUAGAAAGGCUAUUUGAAUGCGAGUUUUAUUCUGUAGGGGAUGAAAAUUAUGUAACAAAAUUGGUUAGAAACUAUCGUUGUGAUCCAGAGAUUCUAUAUCUCCCUUCAUUGCUUUUCUACAACGGUGAAUUAAUCCCUUGCAAAGAUGAAAAACUUUCAUUCUUGAAAUCAGUGAAGUUUCUUCCUAAUAAGGAGUUUCCUGUCUUUUUCUUUGGUAUCCAAGGCUGUGAUGAGAGGGAAGGUAGUAAUCCGUCAUGGUUCAAUCGGAUUGAAGCCAGCAAGGUUGUAGAGAUUGUCACGAGUCUGACAGCAAGUGGGAUUGUGAGCCAUGAGGAUAUUGGGGUCAUAACCCCCUACAGGCAGCAAGUUCUCAAACUAAACAAGGCCUUUGAGAAUCUUGAAAUACCUGAUAUCAAGGUUGGAAGCGUUGAACAAUUUCAAGGACAAGAACGAAAAGUUAUUAUCAUAUCUACUGUCCGAUCAACAGUCAAACACAAUGAAUUUGACAGAGCCCACUGUUUGGGAUUUUUGAGCAAUCCGAGAAGGUUUAAUGUUGCCAUUACCCGUGCAAUAGCUUUGCUUGUUAUUGUUGGAAAUCCGCACAUAAUUGCCAAGGAUCCAUACUGGAGCAAGCUUAUAUGGCGUUGUGCAGAUAACAACUCUUAUCUGGGUUGUGCUCUGCCUGAAAGGCAAGAGUAUAUUGAUGAAGUUUCAAUGCAGGAUGAUUGCUGGAACCAGGAUGAAAGUAUCACUGCUGAAAGUGGAUAUGGUGAAGACACCACGCCAACUGAAACUAUCAAACCUCUAUCAGAUGAAGUUGAGUGGGUCUGACGGCUAGAAGUGAAACACUAAUCCUUCAAGGGUUCUUUCACUUCUUUUUUGCCCUUCUUUUUAUAGGAUCUUUGCCUGCUUUUGUUUCACAGUGAGAAAUGUGAUGAAUUAAGUGUUCACUUCAAGUGAAAAUAUGAAUUUAACAAUGCUUUGCUAAUAGAAACUUAGUCACCAUACCAGUUUGCUGAUUACAGAAUGUUUGUUCACAUUAGUAAUAUAUUGAAUGAAUUGGGAAAUCUACACUACUGUGAGACUAGAAGUGAAUGUAGUCGAGCAAAAAAAUCUUCAUUCCAAU